AUCCGACGGCGCCAAGUAAGCAUUGACAUCAAUAUCAAUUUGGGCUCGAUUUCGAGAUUGCCUGCGUAUCACCCAGCACAGUUCCAUCGGCACAUUCAGCGUGUUAACACGCUUGACAAAUUUCCGUGCUCGUUUUUCGUUAAGAAACGAUCAAAAUUGUGUAAAAAUUGUGAAGUGAUUUUAGCCAAAUAAAAAAAAGCCAGCGCACGCAUUCAGAAGCCCACAAGUUCAACGUUUGUCAUCGCAGCAGCAACACCUAAAAUUUAAAGCCCAAAAAAAAAAAAAAACAGCCAACAAAAUGAGCAAGGCGGAUUCGAACUCGCGACAGGGCUCCUACAAGUCCAACACCAUCAACACGCAGGACUCGCGCAUGCGCCGCCAUGAGGUGACCAUCGAGCUGCGCAAGUCCAAAAAGGAGGACCAGAUGUUCAAGCGGCGCAACAUCAACGACGAAGACCUCACCUCGCCGCUCAAGGAGCUCAAUGGCCAGUCGCCGGUGCAGCUGUCCGUGGACGAGAUUGUGGCGGCCAUGAACAGCGAGGAUCAGGAGCGCCAGUUCCUGGGCAUGCAGUCGGCUCGCAAGAUGCUCAGUCGUGAGCGCAAUCCUCCCAUUGACCUGAUGAUCGGCCAUGGCAUUGUGCCCAUUUGCAUACGCUUCCUGCAGAACACCACCAACUCCAUGCUGCAGUUUGAGGCCGCCUGGGCCCUGACCAACAUCGCCUCCGGCACCUCUGACCAGACGCGCUGCGUCAUCGAACACAAUGCAGUGCCGCACUUCGUGGCCCUGCUCCAGUCCAAGUCCACCAAUCUGGCCGAGCAGGCCGUCUGGGCUUUGGGCAACAUUGCUGGAGAUGGAGCCGCCGCCCGCGACAUUGUCAUCCACCACAAUGUGAUCGACGGCAUCCUGCCGCUGAUCAACAACGAGACACCGCUCUCCUUUCUGCGCAACAUCGUCUGGCUGAUGUCCAAUCUGUGCAGGAACAAGAAUCCUUCGCCGCCCUUCGAGCAGGUGAAGCGAUUGCUGCCCGUCCUGUCGCAGCUCCUGCUCAGCCAGGACAUCCAGGUGCUGGCCGACGCCUGCUGGGCCUUAUCCUACGUCACGGACGAUGACAACAGCAAGAUCCAGGCGGUGGUUGACUCUGAUGCAGUGCCACGUCUGGUCAAGCUGCUGCAAAUGGACGAGCCGAGCAUCAUUGUGCCCGCCCUGCGCAGCGUUGGCAACAUAGUGACCGGAACAGAUCAACAGACUGACGUGGUAAUUGCCUCUGGAGGACUGCCCAGAUUAGGACUUCUCCUACAGCACAACAAAAGCAACAUUGUCAAGGAGGCUGCCUGGACGGUCAGCAACAUCACGGCAGGUAACCAAAAGCAGAUCCAAGCCGUCAUUCAGGCCGGCAUCUUCCAGCAGCUGCGCAACGUGCUGGAGAAGGGCGACUUCAAGGCCCAGAAGGAGGCUGCCUGGGCAGUGACCAACACCACGACGUCGGGCACUCCCGAACAGAUCGUGGAUCUUAUCGAAAAGUACAAAAUCCUAAAGCCAUUUAUCGAUCUGCUGGACGCCAAGGAUCCGCGUACCAUCAAGGUGGUGCAGACGGGCCUGUCCAAUCUGUUCGCUUUGGCCGAGAAACUUGGCGGCACCGAAAACCUCUGCCUAAUGGUCGAGGAGAUGGGCGGCCUGGACAAGCUGGAAACUCUGCAGCAGCACGAGAACGAAGAGGUCUACAAGAAGGCGUACGCCAUCAUCGACACCUACUUCAGCAACGCCGACGACGAGGCCGAGCAAGAGCUGGCACCGCAGGAGGUCAACGGAGCCCUGGAGUUCAAUGCCACCCAGCCCAAAGCUCCCGAGGGUGGCUACACGUUCUAGACUAAUCACUCUCCACAAAUCCAAACGCCGCUCACACGCCUUACACACUUACAAACUACAUCCUCGUUUCGUUCUACCUUCGACCGCGCUCACACGUUUUUUUUUUGUUUGCCACAAGCUAUGCCAUUGUCAAACACAUCCAUCACACACGAACAUUCCCGAACACUUGGAGGCAUGCAUGCAAAAGACAGGCUUAGAAAAUACUCAAGACACUUUGGAUCACAAUUGCAAUGGGUCAGCAAGAACACCCAAAGCUCACUCGCAAGAUUCCCUUUCAACAUUCCCACCAUGAAGUUUCGAGUUCGUGACUAAGUUCCGGCGUUGCUUAGCAGCACGGAUUUCUGGUGCACUCUUUUUCGUUCCGGAUGCAACUCUCGGGCAGCUGUGCUGGCUGGGAUCGUGGCAUAUGCCCAGAAUCCGUCUGCAGAGGGCGCAAGUCUGUAUGCGUGUGCUUGGCAUUUUAUUUGGAAACGUUUCGAGCUCCUUUCGGAUAUAUAUUUUAGGCUGUUUAGUAUUUAUUUAUGUAUACAUGAAAUGCUUUUAAUCCUCCACCUUCGCGCAAGCAUUA